CCGAGCCCGACCUUUCCUCCACUUCUGCCUCAGUCCAAAUUCUCUCAAGCCAAUUUCCAAGGAGUCAGUCUCGCCGUCACCAUGCCUCCCCACAUGAAAAAGCGCAAGGUCCUCGAGUCGUUGCAGGCCGGUCCCAAGAAGAAGUUCAGAAAGCAGCGCACAUACCACAGCAGCUCCGAGGAGUCCGAAGACGAUGAACCCACCGAUUUCAAGGCCGUCAACCUGGCCGAUUCAGACGACGAGGAGGUUCAGGUGAAGAAACUGAAGAAGCAGACCAAGUCGAUUGGUGCCUCCACGAAGACUAAGGUGGAAAAGAAAGAGGAAAGCUCCGACAACGAAGAAGCCGACGACGACGACGACGAGGAUGUCGAGGUGGAAUCUGAUUUAAAAGGAUCGGAUGUCUCUGAUGACGAAGAUGGUGCCGAUUCCGAUACCUCUAUGCCCACGACGACGGGUCGCAGAGCCGUUUCCAAGCGUAAUGAUCCCUCGGCUUUCUCCACCUCCAUCGCGAAGAUUCUGUCCACCAAACUGCCCACAUCCGUUCGAGACGAUCCGGUGCUGUCGCGCAGCAAAGAUGCAGCCCAGAAGAGUACCGACAUUGCUGAGGAGAAGCUGGACAGGCAAGCGCGCGCCAAGAUGCGUGCGGAGAAGAAGGAGGAGCUGGACCGGGGUCGCAUUCGCGAUGUCAUGGGCCUGCAGCGUGGCCAGGCCGGUGCGGUGGCUGAGGAGGAGAAGCGCCUGCGCAAGAUCGCCCAGCGUGGUGUGGUGAAGCUGUUCAAUGCCGUCCGCGCGGCUCAGGUCCGCGGAGAGGAAGCAGCCAAGGCAGAGCGCAAGAAGGGAACCAUUGGUAUCAGCGAGCGCGAGAAGGCCGUGAACGAAGUCAGCAAGCAAGGAUUCUUGGAUUUGAUCAGCGGGAAGAAGGGCAAGCCGUUGAAGAUCGAGGAGGCCUAAGCGGUUACGAGUGUUUCUGUUCGCUGUUAGAGACCUGGCAUACCUGGGCGUUCGGGGGUUCUUUAUUGUUCUUUUUCUCAAGAGUUUGGAUUAAAAGUGAUAUGCUAUUUACAGGUACCAUGCCAAAUGUGAAUGGAGAUCGGAAUACCCAAUAGAGACACGUUCGUUUGCAACCGUUG